CUGACCUCGGCCCCAGAUUUUAAAGAUCAAAAGCUUCAUGAUGAGAUUGACUUCGAGUUUCUGGGCACCAAUGGUACAUUACAAACAAAUGUGUUUGCUAAUGAUGAUGGGCAUAGAGAGCAAAAGUUUCAGCUCUGGUUUGAUCCUACAAAGGAUUUUCACACUUACGAAAUUCUCUGGAACCAAUACCAAAUAGUGUUCUUCGUGGACAAAAUACCCAUCAGAGUGUUCAAGAACAACACAGCACUUGGUGUGAACUACCCAUCAAAUCCAAUGCAAAUAGAGGCAAGCAUAUGGAAGGCGGAUUGGGCAGGACAGGUUAACUGGAGUCAAGCACCAUUCAUUGCUCACUACCAAUACUUCAACAUAGAUGGCUGCCCAACCCAGCAAAAGUCAAUCUCUCAGCAGUGUUAUUCUCUCCAGUAUGAGUGGAACAAGAGAGAGCACUGGGAACUCAGCCCUGUUCAGAAACAACAGUACGAACAAGUUAGAAAAGCACAUCUGGUCUAUGACUACUGUUCUGACAAAUCGAAGAAUCACCCAGAAUGCCCGAGUAAUAAAUAG